CUCUAGCGAUGGCAGACGCGAUUGCGCCGCGACCGGUCCUCCCCCGCGCGCUCUCGUUCCGAGAGCCGCUGCUGCUCAUCCCCUACUUCCUCGGCUUCCUCGGCACCGUCGCCUCCGCCUUAUUCUACAACUAUGCUUCCUUCCUUCGGUCCUUCGCCAGGUCGAUCGUCGUCCCCUCGCCGGCCGCGGCUUGCGCCAAGUGCACGUACGCAACAUCUUCAGUACCGUGCUGCGAGGACGCCGACGCCGACGCCGAGGAGAUGAGGAAGGAGGAGGUGGAGGCCAUCAUGGCUAGAAUCGGGCUGGGAGUGACCGGUGCCGGCGAGGGGCUGAGGGCCAGCAUGGGCCACAACGAGGUGUCCCGGCUGUUCGACGCCGAGGAGCCGAGCUUCGCGGAGGUGCGGCGCGCGUUCGCCGUGUUCGACGGCGAUGCGGACGGGUUCAUCGGCGCCGCGGACCUGCAGGGCGCCCUGACCAGGCUCGGGCUCCCGGAUGUCGACUCCGCCGCGUGCGAGGCGACGAUCUCGUCGAGCUGCGGGUCCACGGACGGCAGGAUGAACCUGUUCCAGUUCGUCAGGUUCCUCGAGGACGGCCUCCAAGAGUCUGGGUGGAUGGAUUGUGCAACAAAUUAACGCACUAAUUCUCGAGUUUAUUGAUGGACCGAACUGAUUUUGCCAAUUGAUCAUAAAUAAAACUUUGG